UGGUGAGACGUCAUUGACGUAAGUCAGCAAUCUAGCAGCAUUUGUAAGAUAUUUGUGGGAUUAGGUACAAUGACUGUGUUUAUUUUAUUGGUGUCUAAAUUCAUUUUAUUUCACAAUAUCUGAAUUCACCAUUGACUUUUUAACGAUUUUUAAAUACUACGUUACGAAAAACGACUGCCAAAGAUGUUCUGUUAUAACAUAAAAGUUUUAUUUUUUCUUCUUGGCACCGUUUCGUGUAUUUAUUCUAGAGAGAUUUCAAAAUUUUUUAUAACGAGUCGUGGUGCCACUACUCGUAUUAUUGGAGGGCAAAACGCCACCGUCAACCAAUUCCCAUUUGCAGCAGCGAUCCAAGUACGCACAGAAGACAGCGCUUUUUUCUGUGGUGGUACUCUAUAUGGAACAGAAUGGAUAAUAACCGCUGGUCAGUGUGUUUACGGAGCCAUCUUGUUCACAAUCCGGUUGGGAUCAGUACACUUGAGUGAUGACGAUCCAAAUGCAUUGCUUUUAGCUACAUCUGAGUACUUUUUACAUCCUGAUUAUAACCCAGAAACUUUGGAAAAUGACAUAGCGUUGAUUAAAUUGCGAAGUGCAAUAACAUUUACUAACUAUAUUCGUUCAAUCGAUUCUUUGGGAAGGCCUGAUAUAGAUAGUAAUUCUGACCUUACUGCAAUUGGUUGGGGACAAACCAAAUUAUUUUUCACUAUUUUAUUUUUACAGAUUGGAACUUUGGCAGCAACUCUUCAAUAUGUAAAGGUCGUUCCAAUAACCAACGAAGAAUGUAAAAUAACCUACGGAAAUCAAAUUAAAGACAAUAUGGUGUGUCUAGUAGGAAAUUAUAAUGAAGGUACUUGCCACGGAGACACGGGAAGCCCACUGAUAGAAUUGUAUAGCUACAGGUAUACACUUCACGCUGGAGUUGCAAGUUUUAUAAGUGGCAAUGGGUGUGAAAGCACAGAUCCCUCGGGAUACACAAGAACAUUUCCAUAUGACGACUGGCUGCGAACCAUCAUGUACUGACCCUGUAAAAUAAUGCCAAGAAAUAAGUAGUAAAUAGAAUAAAAAAAUACCAAAA